UAUUCCACCAGAACCAUCAGAUCUCUAUUCUGCUCCAGAAUUCAAGAUGGCCUUUAAGUUUCUUAUUUUAACUGCUUUGUUAGCAGUAGCUUGUGCUAGAAUAAUCAGUACACCUUCUGCAGCAGUGGCUGUUGCUCAUCCACCCACGACACUUGUCAGAACUGAAUCUUACGAUCCACACCCACAAUAUAGUUAUGGGUAUAGCGUAGCUGACGGUCUUACUGAUAAAAUAUAUUUAGGAGACAAUAAAGCUCAACAUGAAACUCGAAAUGGUGAUGUUGUGCAAGGUAGUUACAGCUUGGUGGAACCUGAUGGUACAAGACGCACUGUUUCCUAUGCAGCUGAUUCUAUCAAUGGUUUCAAUGCAGUCGUUCGAAAAAAUCCGAAUAUUAACGUUCACGCUCAUGCCUCAACCACAGAACCUGGUCAGAUUUACGCACAACAACCUUACUUAACAUCUGGAUCAGUCAUUGCCACUGCUAAUGCUAAUAUUUAUCAUCAACCAGCUCUGGCAGUCACUUCUCCAUACGUAACAUCAGCUUUAGCUGAAGCUGGCUCAUUAUACGAUACUCAUCCUGUAUACGAUACUCUUGAUUACGGUUCAUCUCGUCUAGUCAGAGUUCACUAGAUGUCAUUUUAUAACAACACAGUCUAUUCUCACAUUAAAUAGACCUCAUUGACGAGCUAAAUCGUUUCAACUUUGGACACGGGAUUUAAAAAUAUUAUCUUCAAGUAUAUUAGUGAUACCAUAAUACCCAUAAUCACAAAAUUGCAUUUUAUUGUAUGAAAAAAAAUCCCUAUAGUAUUGAAAAGAACAUGAUUAGAAAACAUAUUGUAUUAUGAAUAAUAUAUAAUAAACGAAAAAUU